AUGAUUUUACCAUCUAUAAAGGAUCGUUCAAUAAUGACGACUGCACAGAUGUUAAAUUGUAUUCCUGAAGAUGACAAAUCCAAUUCUGAUAGUAGGGAUACAUCAACCUCAUCACCACAAUCAUCUUCUAACAAUAAUUAUGUAUCUUCUCCACAAACAUCUAAUGGAAAUAUGAAUAAUAACAAUAAUAAUAACAAUAGAAAUCCUCAAACAGUAAUUCCAUCUGAUUUAUGCGUUGUUUGUGGAGACAAAGCAAUAGGUAAACAUUAUGGAGCUGUUGCUUGUAAUGGAUGUAAAGGCUUCUUCCGUAGAAGUGUAUGGCAAAAUUUACAAUAUACAUGUCGUUUUAAUAAAAAUUGUAAUGUUGAUAAAGACCAUAGAAAUGCCUGUAGAUUUUGCAGAUUUCAAAAAUGUUUAGCUGAUGGAAUGAAACCAGAAGCUAUUCAAAACGAGAGAGAUAGAAUUGGAAGUACAAAAAGAUCUCGUAAACGUGAAUUUACUUUAAGUGGAGAUGGAGAUUUAUCAAAUCGAGGACCAUCAUUUUCAUAUGGUUCACAUUUAGGUGGAUGGGGUACAGGUAUGGGAUCAGAGAGAUGUUCCCCAAUUGAUUUGUCUUUUGACGCCUCUCGCCAAUACAUUGAAAAUAUUUAUAAUGUUGAUAAUAGUAUACCAUUAAGCACCUCUGAAAAUAAUAAUCAACUUACAUCAAGACAAAAAUGUAUAAAUCAAAUAAUAUCAUGGGCCAACAAAUUAUCACCAAUUAAUCAACUUAGUGUAGAUGAUAAAAUAAUAAUAUUAAAAAAUUUUUCAACACCAUUUUCAUUAGUUAAUACAUUACAAAAAUCAGUUAAUUCAGCUCAUAUUGUAUUACCUGAUGAUCAAAUAUUAUCAUUAUCUUCAUUUUAUAAUAGUGAAGUUUCAAAUAUUAUUUCAAAGAUUCUUGAUGAAUUACUUGCACCAUUAAGAAGGAUUCAUUUAGAAAAAGCUGAAUUUUCUGUUCUUAAAGCAUUAAUAACAUUUUCAUCAGAUAUUUCUGGUAUAAGUUUAUCUGCUAAAGAAAAACUUCGUGAGGCUACUGAUACAUUGUUAAAAAGUUUUUUUACUUGUUUAACACAAACAUAUUCAGGUGUUGAAGCUUCAUUACGUAUCUCCUCAAUACUACUUUUGAUUCCAUCAUUUAUAUCUGUUGGUAGAAUAAUUGAAAAAAAUCCUUUACUUGGACAAUUAUUUGGUGUUACUGAUAUAAAUUCAAAUCAAAAUAAUCCUUCAACAAUAUCUAUUAAUCCAACAUCUUCAACUGCUAAUAAUAGUAUAACUAAUGUUUCUGUUAAUGGAUCUAUGAUACAACAAAUGACUAGUCAAUCACAUAUUGUUCCUACAUCAUCACCAAAUUUGAUGGAAGCAUUUUCUUCAUCAGGAACAUCAAGUUUUUUUAAUGGAUUUAAAAAUGAUUUGACAAAUUCAACAGAUAUAAAUUCUAUCUUAAAUCCAGCAUCAUUAUUAAGUAAUAAACUAAUGAAGUCACCAGAAAAUCUUUUUACCACUGAUAAAUCUUCAGAUUAUAAAAAUGCUAUUCUUGCCAAUAUGUUAGCAAAUGCCUCAUCUAAUACUAACAAUUCAACAAUAAAUAGUAAUAGCAUAAUAUCUAGUUUGGCAAAUCCAAAUUCAUCAGUAGCAAAUCAUAUCUUUAACAAUUACAAUCGUUCAGCUCCAGGAAUGAUUAUAUGA